AUGGUAGACAAAAAAGAUUUCACAAUAGACACGAAUGAAGGCAUUUUAUUUCGUCGGCAUAUUCGUCGAAUUUUACAAAACUUUCUUUUGGUAUGGCUUGACGCCGACAUUAACGAAACUAAACAUGAUUUUACAGCAUCAAUUCAACUGCUUCGACGUAUUGUAACAUCUAUCGCAACUUUUACUGAUGUCGACGAAUGUAUUGAUUACAUCACUGAAAUCGAGAACGAAAAAGUGUUCCUAAUUAUAUCUGGUUUUUUGGGACGACAAAUAGUACCAUUAAUCCAUGCAUGGUCACAAAUACAUUCGAUAUAUGUGCUCUGUGGUGAUCAGUCGAUUAAUAAGGAAUGGACAGAGAAAAUAUCAAAAGUAAAAGGUGUGCAUACCGAUAUGGAAUCAAUUUGCAAAUCCCUGCAGGUCGAUCGCGAAUGGUGUGACCGACAUUCGAUUCCGAUUAGUUUUCGCGGAAUUGAUCCAUUGUUUAUGUACACACAAUUGUUCAAGGAGGCACUUUUGGACAUUGAAGAUGAUAAGGAUGCAAGCAUCAAAGAGUUUGUCGAAUUCUGUCAGCUGCAAGAUGACAUUGCCGACGACACCAUUCAAAAAAUUCAAGAAGAAUACAGUCAUCAUACAGCUAUUUGGUGGUACACAGCACCGUAUUUUAUUUCGUCCAUGCUUAACAAGGGUCUUCGAUCGCUUGAUGUCGACAUACUACUAAAAUUGGGCUUUUUUGUUCGACAUUUACAUAGAAAUAUUGAAAAGUUACAUCGUGAGCAACAAUCGGCGAAAAGUGUUGUACACUUUAUUGUUUAUAGGGGUCAAGGUUUAUCGAUCGAAAACUUCGAAAAUAUGAAACAAUCAAAAGGCGGACUUAUGUCAUUUAAUAACUUUUUGUCAACCAGCCGAAAUCGAAAUAUUUCACUCCUAUUUGCGGAGUCGGCCGCACAGGAUCCUACUUUGAUGGGCAUUCUUUUUAUAAUGACAGUUGAUCCAACCCUAUGCUCGAAAUCAUCAGCACCUUUUGUUGAUAUUACAAACGAAGGUUUUUACGACAGUGGUGAAGAAGAAGUUCUUUUCUCCACGCACACUAUUUUCCGUAUUGACAAAGUCGUACCGAUAGACCACGAUCGAAGUGGACACUUAUGGGAAGUUUAUCUUACAUUUGCAGGUAACGACGACAAUCAAUUAAACUUAAUAACAGAGGAAUUUCGUAGAGAGAUGAACUCUGUGCUAAAAGGCUUCUCUCGAUUGGGCUACAUACUUAUCAAGCUCGAGGAAUCGGCGAAAGCGAUCCAACUUUAUGAAGUUCUUCUGAGUAGAACAUGCGAUAAGUACUGUCAAGUAGAGUACUAUAAUCAGCUCGGUUGGGCGUAUAAAAUCAUGGGUGAAUAUUCCAAGGCAAUUUGGUGCCACGAAAAAGCACUGAUGACCAGUGAGAAUGAUCAUUUUUUGGAUAUGAAAAGUUUGUCUACUAUCUAUACCAACAUCGGUCUAGCACAUAAUGAGAUGGCGAACUAUGAAACAGCACUCUUGUGGUACCAAAAAGCUUUAGAUAUUCGAAAGAAGAUUCAUCCUACGGAUCCCCUCGCCAUUGCUCACUGCUACAACAAUAUCGGCUUAGCCUAUUAUGGUAUGCAUGAGUACAUGAAAGCACUUUCAUUUUACCAAAACGAUCUCGAGAUUAGCCUAAAACUUCUUCCUUGUAACCAUCCUGACUUAGCUACUUCCUAUAUGAACAUAGCGUUAGUGUAUCAAGGCAUGAAUGACUAUCCAAACGCACUCUCAUCACAUGAAAAGUCGCUCGAGAUUACGAAACAAAUACAGCCUUCAAAUCAUCCGGAUUUGGCAGUCAGCUACAGCAAUAUCAGCUUGGUGUAUAACAGCAUGAAUGAUCACUCCAAAGCACUUUCAUAUCAAGAAAAAUCGCUCGAGAUCAGGAGACAAGUCCUUACCGACAAUCAUCCUUACCUUAUUCACUCGUACGUCAACAUUGGUUUGACGCACGUGGGUAUGGGCCAAUAUUUGGAGGCGCUUACAUGCUUUGAAAAAGCUCUCGAUAUUCAAAAACGAGUUCGAUCACCAAAUCAUUCUGUUUUGAGUGGUAUUUUGUGCAACAUCGGCGUAACUUACUAUAAAAUAGGCGAGUAUUCAAAAGCGCUUUCAUAUUAUGAAAAGUCUCUCGACAUUGCUAAAGAAACUCGUCCUGCGACUGAUCUUCGUCUUGCUCAAACUUACCACAACAUUGCUUCGACGCACUCUGAGAUGAAUGAAUACUCCAAAGCGCUUGUAUGGUACGAAAAGUCUCUCGAGAUUAAAAAAGAAAUUCUUCCUGCGCACCAUGUGCUACUUGCCGAUUCCUACAACGACAUCGGCCGAACAUAUGUCAAAAUAGGUGACUAUUCCAAAGCACUUCUAAAUUAUGAGAGAUCUGCGGAAGUUCUAAAACAAGCUCCUACUGUGGAAUAUGUCAAGCUAACUGAUCAUUACAAAAUAAUCGGUUCAUUGUGCAGUGUAACAGACGACUAUCCCAAAGCUCUCUUGUUCUAUGAACAGUUGCUUCAGAUUCAGAAAGAAGUUUUACCUUCGAAUCAUCCAGAACUUGCUGAUACAUACGGUAUAAUCAGUUUUUUCCACUACAAAAUGAAAGAGUAUUCGAAAGCGCUUGUAUCGUACGAAAAAUUGCUGGAUGUACUUCAAAAAGCUCUGGCUCCUAAUCAUCCAAAAUUGGUGGCCGUCCACAAAGACAUAGCUGCCAUACACUAUGAAAUGAAUGAGUAUUCGAAGUCGCUUCUAUGGUACAAAAAGGCCUUGGACGUUCAGAAUAAAAUUCUACCUAGCAAAAUGAACGAGCCUAUUGGAAUCUUGAAGCAGACUCUACUGCUGCUCGUUUUUAUUUCGUUAAUACAAGCUACACGUGCAGUCGUUAAUUACAAAUUAACAUCAGUCAUGAUGGAUUCCACAGGUAAUUUAUCACUGUGGGUUGGCAAACGUCAGGCAAGUAUUGACAUUUACACGGAUUGGUGCGAUGAUUCAUUGGACUCGUUCUUUCAUAUCGACAUGGACAAUGUAUGGAAUCGUAGUAUGAUCCCAUUCAUAACAUGGGAAAUAACUCUGUGUAACCAUACUAACGAAGACGAUCCUGGAAUAACGAAGAGAAUCAAUAACAAUACUUAUGAUCCGUAUAUUAAUCGAUUUGGUGAUCGUAUGAAACAAUGGUUAGCCGGUCCUGAUCAGAUAUAUGGAACUAGCGACGAUAGACGUGCAUUUGUGCGACUAGGUCAUGAAAUGAACGGAAAUUGGUAUUCGUGGUCAAAAGGUUCCGUUCCAAACGAUUAUGUUUUGGCAUGGCGUCAUACCUACAAUAUCAUUUCAAACAAAGGUAUAAAUACAACACGACUUCAAUGGGUUUGGAGUGUAGGUAGUGAAGACUAUGGCGAAUAUACAGUAGAAGACUAUUGGGUUGGAGAAAACUACACAAAUUGGAUAGGAAUUAAUGUAUUUAAUGGAGGUUCAAGCGCGAGUUGGAGUAAAUGGCGAUGGCCUCAUGAAAUUCUCGAUAAUAUGAUGGCUCGGUUAAACAAAUUAUCCUCAACAAAACCAAUCUCUGUGAACGCAUACGCAACAGUUGGUGUGCGAACAGGAAAUACUACAGAUGUGCAGGCAAAAAAUGAAUGGUUGCGUCAAAUGUGUGAUUACAUAAACAAUAAUAACAUUAAGAUGGCAUCGUAUUACAAUGUUGAUCAACCAAAUCAAGAUAAUAUGGUGUUUGGUGGUACCCAUGGUGAUGUUAUUUGGAACGGUUGUAAGGGAUAUUCAUCCUACAGAAAUUGUUUACAGUCCAAUGAUUGGAUUGAACCAGAUGUGACAAAUCCGAGGCUUGUUACUGAUAAGCAAUUUGCUGGUAUAUUAUCGAAUGCAAAAGAUAUUUGGAAAAAUCGAGGUAUUCUAAAAAUAUUCACGAUUCUGACAUUGUUUUUUCAGAAUAUGAUCAUUUAA